AUGGUGGAAAUUCAAUCACAAGCUCCCAUAAUAGAAACUCAUGAUGUUCCAGUACUGAAGGAAAAACAAAUACCAAUUCAAGAUAUACCUUUCAACACAACUGAUACACUGGAUAUUAAUGUUGAUCAACGAGUUCCUUCUCCUCAAACCCCAUUAUCAAGAGUCGUUACUACAACAGAUGAUUCUAUAAUAUUUACUAACCCAAGUUCUGGAGAAAGUGAAAAUACAACAACAUCACAAAGUAAUAAUAUAGUUAUUUCAUCAACAGAGAAUGAUGUUUUGAAUAUUCAAGAAAAUGAUAAUAAUGAAAUAAUAUCUGAUGGUAUAGAAACUUUUUAUCCAGCUUCUGAAACACCAAAUAUAACACCAUCAAACAAUCAAUAUGAAAUUGAUGAUUAUUCAAAUCAAAAUGAACAAUCAAAUCUUCUUUCACCUGAAGAUGAAGGUUUAAAUUUCAGAGAUCAAUUAGAUAAUUAUACUUUUGGUAAUAGAACAAGUUCUUUCAAUGAUAAUGGCUCUUAUUUACAAGAUGAAAAUGAUGAACAAGUACUGUUAAAUACAAAUGUUAGAAGAAAUAGAAUAUCAAGAGCAACUGGAGUAGAAUCAAUAGUUGAUCCUGGAUCAAUAAGAAAUAGAAAUUCUACCCAUACAACAUCAUCAAGAGUUCAAAGCAACAACAAUAAUAGUAAUAAUACAGAUACAGCAACUAAAGAAAUUGAAAGAAUGAGAAAUUCAAUAAUUUCUAAAAGAGAAAAUAAAAAAAGACAACGUACUUUAGCAGAUGAUGAUAAAGUCUUAGUUGGAAAUAAAGUUGGUGAAGGUCAUGUCAAUUAUGUUAUUGCAUAUAAUAUGUUGACAGGUAUUCGUGUUGCUGUUUCAAGAUGUUCUGGUAUAAUGCAACCUUUAACUGAUCAAGAUUUCAGAAUGAAUAAGAAAUUGGUUUUUGAUGUUUCAGGGAAUGAAUUAACACCUUCAUCAAAAUAUGAUUUUAAAUUUAAAGAUUAUUGUCCAACUGUUUUCCGUGAGUUAAGAUUAUUAUUUGGUUUAGACCCUGCUGAUUAUCUUGUCUCUUUAACAUCUAAAUAUAUCCUUUCAGAAUUAAAUUCACCAGGUAAAAGUGGUUCAUUUUUUUAUUUUUCAAGAGAUUAUCGUUUUAUUAUUAAAACAAUUCAUCCAGCUGAACAUAGACAUUUAAGAAGAAUGUUGAAAGAUUAUCAUAAUCAUGUGAAAAAUAAUCCAAAUACUCUUGUAAGUCAAUUUUAUGGACUGCAUAGAGUGAAAAUGCCACUUCAUUAUGCACAUUUGAAAAGAAGAAAAAUUUAUUUCAUUGUCAUGAAUAAUUUAUUCCCUCCACAUAGAGAUAUUCAUAGAACAUAUGAUUUGAAAGGUUCAACUUUAGGAAGAUUUACACCACCAUCACCUGCACAUCGUGUUUUAAAAGAUUUAAAUUGGAUUGAUAAUAAAGAAGUUAUACAAUUUGGUCCAAUGUUGAAAACUAAAUUUAUUGAUCAAUUACAAAAAGAUGUUAAACUUUUAAUUAAACUGAAUAUUAUGGAUUAUUCAUUCUUAAUUGGAUUCCAUGAUUUAGAAAAGGGUAAUAAAGAAGAAAUUUUAGAACAAAAAAAAUUAUCAAUUUUUUCACCAGCUUCUUCAAAUAUUGAAGAUUUGAAAAAAACAAAUCCAAAAUUAUUAAAUAGAUAUAAUGAUUUACCUUCUAUUGAUUUUAAAAAUGGAAAUUCUUUUUAUUCAGAUAAUGGUGGUAUUGUUUCAACAAAUGAUGAUGAUAAUCAAGGUGAAUAUAUUUAUUAUCUUGGAAUAAUUGAUUGUUUAACAAAUUAUUCAUUCAUCAAAAGAUUAGAAACUUUCUGGAGAACUUUAAGUAAUGAUAGAAAAAUCGUUAGUGCUGUUCCACCAAAGGAAUAUGGUGAAAGAUUCUUGCAUUUUAUCACAAAUUCAAUCAAUGAAAAUAAACUUCAAGAGAACAAAUAA